AUGUCAGUGUCAAAGUAUGCGAAGAAGUUUAAACAUUUAGCCCGGUUUCACACUUUGCGCAUGGAUGAAGAAUGGCAGUGCAUAAAAUUUGAGAAUGGAUUGAGGGGAGAUCUUAAGCUUAUGAUAACUCCUCUCUCCAUUAAGGAAUUUCCGGCACUAGUAGAGAAAGCCCGAGUUAUAGAGAAGUUGAAGGUUGAAGUUGAGUCUCAACAGUCAUCUCCACAAGGAGUAGGAGGGCCAUCUAGGCUCAAGGUCAGAAGCGAAGAAAGGAAGAAGCCAUACUUUAGGCCACCACAUCAGGGGCUUAGGAGAUUCUCAACACAGCCACCACCUCAACCAGGGAGGACGUGCCACGGUUUCGACAAAGAGGGACACUUUGUCAGGGAUUGUCCAUCAUCCAGAGGCCCAGUCUCAAGGCCUACAGUCCAGUCACAGACUCCUCAGAGGCGAGGGAAUGAGAGACCCCAGGCUGCGGGUAGAGUAUAUUCUUUGACCGGACAAAGCCACAAGUUCAGAGUUCAAGAGUUGGGUUUGUCAGUUAAGGAGCUACAGUAUGAUCUGACUGCAUUCACUCCAGCAUCGGAUUUAGUCAAGACAUCUACCUUAUAUGCUAGAUGCUCCAUUGUGAUUGAGGGACGUCGGUUCAAGCAAAUUACCAGAGAAGCUAAAGAAGGGUCUCAAUGUUUUCUUAUUCUGACUCAGCUAUCAAUUGAGGAAAGAGAUGUGUAUGCCAAGAUCCCGAUUGUAGAGGAGUUUGUUGAUGUUUUUCCCGAGGAUGUACCGGGAUUGCCUCCGAAGAGGGAAGUAGAGUUUUCUAUUGAUUUGGUGCCUGGAGCAGGACCAGUAUCAAUAUCUCCCUAUCGUAUGGCUCCAGCAGAGUUAGCAUAA